GUACUCAGUUGGCGCGCUGGUUGCGGGCGUGGUGCGCAUAUUGACAGAUCGAGCGCUGUGCAUUGCGCAUGCGCGGGAACGCGUCAUCGCCUUUGUUUACAAACAACUUUGUAUUAUCUGACCUGACCUUAACCAAUUUUUUUUUUAAUUAACUUUUUAAAACAAGAGGGCUUAAGCAUAAGAAUCGGUAUCAAACGCCAACAUGUCUGUGAUCACAGACUCCAUAGACCUGGAGAGGGAGUACUCUCCCAGCAGAUGGUCGACAAGAUUCGCAACCGCCGGUGAAGUUUUGCAACAUCACGUUCAAUUCGUCACAGCUGCGAGCGACAAAGCCACCAAUAAUGUGCCACAUAAAUUGGAAAUAGAAUACGGCUCUACUCCCGGACAAAAGUUGGACAUAUUGGGAACAGAUCUGCAAGACGAUUCUCCUAUCCUGGUAUACAUACACGGUGGAUACUGGCAGGAGUUAUCUAGAGAACUAUCGCGUUAUCCCGCUCAGCCGCUGCACCGCUCUCGCAUCAAGACCAUAGUGGUGGGCUACGAUCUCUGUCCCGCUUACACACUGCCUGAGAUCGUGCAUCAGAUAGAGAACGCUGCAAGAUUCGUGUUCGAGUACGCAGAGAAGAUGGGUUCGAGAGGUGUGUACUUCGCGGGUCACUCAGCGGGUGCGCAUUUAGUGGCAAAAUUGUUAAGCAACGCUGACUUCUUUGAGAAUAAUCCUGGUGUUCAUCGUCUGCAAGGCGCUUUUCUCAUAUCAGGCGUUUAUGAUCUUCGGGAACUCGUCCAUACAUCUGUCAACGAUGCUGUCCAACUUCCAGUAGAAUGGGCGAUACCUCUAUCACCGCUAUUCGAUUGUUUCACCCAUUUACAAGCUAGAAGAACUAGAAUCUACAUCUUAGCCGCACAGAACGACAGUCCAGCGUUCAAGAAACAAUCUAGAGAGUUCUACGAAUUACUCCAUAAUACUUGUUUGAUGCAAAACAUGUAUUUGGAAAUCAAAGAUGAUUUAGAUCAUUUCGAUAUCGUCGAAUGUCUAUCUGAGAAUGAGAAUUAUCUUAAAAAUCUGAUGGUACAUGAUGUACGGAAACAUUUGUAAUUAUGCUUUUUCUGCCCUUAUCCAUUUUAAUUAAGCUUACUACACUUUAUUUAUAGUUUCUCAAAAGACAUAGGUUAGAGUUUUUAAACAAUAAUAUAACAAAAACAACAUUUCGAAACCAAAUAUUUUCCAUGAAUUUCAUGAAAAUUAAUUUAUUUUGUAACAUUUAAAAACGCGCGCACACUUUUGACAGAUUCCUAUGAGUUUAUAUGGGGCGCACAUUAUUAGAUCUUUAGUUGUGCAACCAAAGAGUUGAAUUUGCUGUGAAACAAUUGACAAUCGCACAACAGUUGUGCGAUAGAUUAGUGAAAGGAGUGCGCCGGCUAUUUUCGUUCAUUUUUAAAUCCAAUCCGGGUAUCAUAAUCAUUUUUUUAUACAUUUAACUAGGAUAGAUUUAAGUUCCGAUAAUAUUUUAAGAGUAACAAAACUGAAAUCUCGUAACAAUAGAACUAUGAGAUAAAAUCGUCGUAUAUAAAAUGUUAUGUAACGUUACAAUAAAAUGAUUGAUGUAAUCUCGUUAAUUAAAGACGUGUUUUUCUAGA